AUGACAACAGUAGGAUAUGGCGAUAUUAAACCAACAAAUUAAUUAGAAGUAACUAUUGCAAUUACAAUAACAAUAAUAACUACAGGAGUUUUUGCUUAUUGUAUUAAUCAAAUAGGAACUAUAGUUAAAUUUUUAUCUGAAGAAAAAGAAAAAUCUAAAUAUACUAUAUAAAUCAUAAAUAAUUAUAUGUCUAAAAAAAAUAUUAAUAAAGAUUUAUAAUAAUAAAUAAGAGAAUAUUUAGAAUAUUAUUUAAAAGAAUCUACUAUAAAUGAUCACGAUAAAGAAUGUAAAAUUAUUAAUAUGUUAUCUGAGCCUUUAUAAAAAUAACUCAUGAUAUAGGCUAAUAAAAUUGCUUUGAUUGAUUCUCCUAUUUUUAGGAAUAAUUUUACUGAAAAUACUAUUUAAAAAACUGUUUUUUUAAUACAAGAAAUACGUUGUACUCCCGAAGAAAUAUUAUUUUAUGAAGGAGAUUUGGAUGAUUGUUCUAUUUUUUUUAUUUUAUAAGGUAAACUUGAAUUAUUUGUUGAUUCUGAUAAUAAUCUAGGAAAAUAAAAAAUUAAUUCUUUAAAAAUAUUUAAUAAAGGUCAAUGUGUGGGUGAAUAAAGUUUUUUUACAGGUUAACCAAGAGAAACAAGUAUAAGAAGCGUAGAUUUUACAACUUUGCUAAUGAUAAAAAGGUAAGAUUUUAUAUCUAUACUAAAAGAAUCUCCAAUAGAUUAUGAGAAUUAUUGUCACAUAAAAGAUAAAUUAGUUUUAUAUAAAAAUUAUAAAAAUUUAGGAAAUAAAUGCUUAAGUUGUGAUAGUGAUUAUCAUUUUGUUAAUGAAUGUCCAUAUAUACAUUAUAUACCAAAUUAAAAUAAAAACUAAGAAUGGUUUGAUGAAUACUAAAAAUCAGAUUUAGAAUAUAAUGUUUAUUUAGAUUAUGAUGAAAACAAUGAAACAAAUUCUGAAAAUCUAAUAAAUGUUUAAAGUUGA